CAAACUUACAUCGUAAGGCAAAGUGAACGACUAUGCUGAAAGGCGCACUAUGGACCAGCACAAUACUAUUCCUGAUUUGGGUCGCUAUCGCCGCGGAGAAUGAGCGCAAAAAUCCAACAGCACAACGUAAACGCAACGAGAUGCCCAGAUACAUGAAUUUGCACGUCGAUCCAUGUCUGGACUUCUACGAAUUCGCCUGCGGCAGCUGGCAGCAACCCUACGUUCAUACGAAGCACCAACAACCCAUCAUGGAAAACACGGAAAUCUAUAUGCGCAUCAAGGUCGAUCACGAUUUGCGCAACAUGUUGCAGGAGCAAACCAAGCUGGAGGACGGCGUGCAUGGUCGCAAAUUAAAAGAUUUCUAUAGGUCCUGCACAACGACGGAGCGAAAUGAUGUGAGCCAGCAGCUAUAUUUUAGUCAGAUAAUAGAAGCGCAUGGCGGCUUUCCCACAGCACCGGGCUCUAAUUGGCACAUGCAAAGUCACAACUACUGUUGGGAAGAUGUGGUGGGCAAGUUGCGCUUCCAAUAUGGCAUGAAUAUAUUGGUCGGUGUGAAAAUCGAUGUGAACUAUUUGUAUCCGUUUGAGGACAGCGUAUAUUUGGGAGAACCAGACACUUUCAUACCGCCGGAGCUGUGUAGCGAGGAGGGCACAAAUAAGACCGACAUACGCGCCGAAGAAUACGCGAUUAUCGAAAACGAAGUUGCCGAGAACCUCAACAUGUGGCUGGCACUCGAUAUGGAGAAGGCACAAAGGGUGGCGGCUGAACUGGUGGCUUUCGAAUUCCAACUUUGUACUGGCAUAAAAAGGCAAAACGCAAUGCAACCGACUAUCGCCGUUUGGCAGAGCUAUAACAGCGAUAUACGCAAGACGCUCUUCGACUUUACGCACCAAUAUGAGAACAAAAUUGACUUCACUGCGGCAACCUUUGGUACACCGAUCCAUAAACCCGUAUUUAUGGCGGCCGAACCGUACUUUAGGCAACUUAUCAAGACUUUAGCGACGACCAAUAGAACAGUGAUUGCCAACUAUAUUAUGUACCAGACUUUAUCCGCGCUGAGCUUUCCACACAACGACCAGCCCAGCAAUCGUGGAUUCUACUGCCUCGAAAAGGCUAAACGCUACUUUCCGAGGGUACUUGGCGAAAUGUACUAUAGAAACCACGUGAACGUCGCCGCCAGAGAUGACGUACUCAACAUGUUUGACAAGUUGAAAGAGUCCUUCCGUAUGAGCUUACAGAAGUCAUGGAUCAAAGACUACACACGCCGUAUUGCUGAGAGUAAGCUCGCAGAGAUGCGUCUACUUUUCCCCGUCUAUGGCAAAAUGGAGAUUAGUAAUAUGAAUAUCAAUCGCAGCAAUUACUGGUACAACUUAGACAUUCUUAUGAAGGACAGACAAGAGGCACAAUUUCAGCGCAUUUUCCCACCAGAACGCCAGAAUCGGUACGAUCAAGUGGAAGCGUACGACACACGUAUACGCUAUACGACGCAGCAUACACGCUUCGAAAUGGGCUGGGGACUGCUGCAAGAACCACUCUAUCACACACAUUAUCCCAAUGCCAUGCGCUACGCAGUGAUUGGGCAAAAAUUGGCCAAUUUGCUAGCCAGCGCCUUCGAUGACAUCUCCUGGUCCACAUCGAGGGACGGCUUACUUAAUUGGGAUCACAUGACUGAGUUUGAAUAUCAAAAUCGUAGCCAAUGCUUCCGCCAACAAGUCAGUAAUUAUUUGUAUAACGAUCCGACGGUGUUUUCAAAUUUUACAUUGCUGCGAGAAAUCAUAGCACAGAGUUCCGGGCUCAAUGUAGCCUUCAAUGCGUAUCUGAAUUGGCUGGCCUACUUACAACCGACGGACGAUUAUGAACAGCUGUUGAAAGAAACCUUACCCGAAUUCAAUUUUACCAACACGCAGCUCUUUUUCAUUGCCUUUGCGCAAAUGCACUGCAAUGCCGGCGGCACGGGGACAAGGAGAAUCACUACGACGGAACGGGCGCGCACGCUAAGUCCCCGGGAACGACACACGAUCGAACGUUUUGCCGUUAAUGGAGCACUGAGGAACUUUUUGGAAUUCGCAAGAGACUUUGGUUGCGCGAUGGGUGUGGAAAUGAAUCCGCCAGAUAAAUGUCGAGCACUUCAGUACAGAUUCCAACUUCAUAACGUGAAAAUGCCUGGAUUUGUGUCACAGCCACCACUCUUGCUCUUCGCUCUGCUCGCUUUAGUUUGUCUCGCAUUGCAAGCUGACAGCCAACGUGGUGCCAAUGGACGCGAAAGAGAAGAGCAAAUCAUACGCAACGCCAAGGCAACAGAGGUACUCAAAUACAUGGAUCUCUCAGCUGAUCCAUGCAACAACUUUUAUGAUUUUGCAUGCGGCAAAUGGCCAGAUCAGCAGCCGCAGCUGCAAGAUGGCGACGCGCCAAUCUCCGUGCAAACGCAAUUGAUACAGCGUGUACGCAAAGACGUGCAGACGCUGCUCGAUGCAAACACACGCAGCAAGGGAAGACCAAAUAUGAACGAACGUAAAAUUAAGGAAUUCUACAAGUCCUGUUUAACAGUUGACCGUUCGUCAGGGCUGCAGCAAGCAUUCUUAAUGAAUUUCGUUAAGGAGUAUCACGGCAUGCCCCUACUCGCGGGCACUAACUGGAACAGCAACUACGAUUGGGUGCAAGUGAUUGCGCGACUGCGCCUCAAUUAUGGCUUUGAUUUUCUCAUUGGCAUGGAUGUAGAAAACAAGGGCCAUUCGCUGCCGGGCAGAGCUAUCAUCUACCUGACUGAACCGAAAACGACGCUGAUUCCACGUCACUUGUGCAGCGCUGGAUCUGCAGUGGAAGCGGAUGCUCGCGAAGAGAUCUCCGCGCAACUCCAGACGGAGGUGUCCAAAGAUCUGCAAGCUUGGUUUUCGCUAAAGGAGCACGAAACUGAGCGCACCGCUGGCGAUAUCGUACGUUUUGAAUUCGAGUUGUGCCGAUUUAUGAGAGAGGAAGAAUCAAUGCCACCGCCGGAGGAUAACAAAACCGAGCGUCACGUUUAUGAAGGACGCAAUCUGGCAUAUCUGUCGAAGCAGUUCGGUAACAUAAUCAAUUUCAGAAAGUAUUUGGAAUUAAGUCUCAAUACUACCGUUGCGAGUUCGGAGAUCAUCGUACAAUCCGAGCGUUACUUUCACCAUCUGGCGCGUGCUGCGCGCUCUAAUCCCAAGCCGACGCUGACUAACUACAUAAUGUAUCGUGCAUUGGCCGCGAUCAAUUUUCCCCGCAAUGAGACCAGCAAUCCACGUGCGGGAUAUUGCGCAGAGCUUGUUAUGCGCUACUUCCCCAAGGUUAUCGGUGAGAUGUAUAGAAAUAAAUAUCAGCGCAGCGAAGUUAGAAGCGAUGUAGAGCAACUUUUUGGCGCCAUCAAGGAAGCGAUGCGUGAAGCUUUGAAUGUGGAAGGUUUGCCGGAGAAUGCACAAAAUGCUUUCCGUAAUAAGCUGAUGCUUUAUGACUCGCUGCUUUUCCCCGUCUACAAGGAUGUCAAUCUGCGAGAUCUGCCGUUGGAACAUACAAACUUCUGGCACAAACAGGACAUCGCCAUGAAAUACAAGGGCUACAAGGAGCGUCAACGCUUUUAUGGCGGUGAUCCCGAAGUAGACGAAAGUAUCGUCGAGGCGCCGGAUGUGCACAUGCAGCUGGUGGAAAAUGGUAUACUUACCGGUUGGGGCAUAUUGCAGCCACCCUUCUACGACUAUCACUACGCAAAUUCGCUGAAGUAUGCGCUUAUUGGACAGCACAUUGCGCGUGAGCUUGUUGGCGCCGUAAUACCCGACGGCGUGGAAGAAACAGAAAUUACACGCGAUGAAUUGGUUAUGGAGAACUUCAAUAACAUUUCCGAGUGCUAUCGCAUGCAGUACAGCAACUAUUUGCACAAUAUACCGAACGUUUACUACAAUGUCACCAAAUUGCGCGAACUUAUGACGGAUAGUGCCGGUUUGAACGUGGCGUUCAAGGCCUAUCUUGCUUGGCUGGAAUCGGUCGAUCCGAGCAAUCGGCCGACGCUUAUGCGUGAAACUUUGCCGGGUGUGGACUUUACAAAUACACAAUUGUUUUUUAUAAGCUUUGCGCAAGCGCGUUGCCACGCCAGGUAUAUGGAGGAGCCGCCACCAACAUUCCUGCCGCUAGACACACACACCGAGGAACUUUUCGACGUAAAUGGCGUGUUGGCCAAUAAUGUGGAAUUUGCGCGAGAGUUUGGCUGCGCGCCAGGCGCGGAAAUGAAUCCGGAUGACAAGUGCAUGGUGUACUGA